AUGUCGAACAAUGAUCGGAAGACAUUCCAGAGCUUCAACCCUACCCAACAACGUCAUGAUGAGCGUCGAUCCGUCGAUGAUGAUAAACAACAAGAUCGCCGUGCGAUAAGCGACAAUACCAUCUCCAACGCCAAUCUAGACCCUGGGAAAUCAAGACCGUUCCAUAAACACAAACGCAGCAAAUCGCGCGAUAUCCGUUUCCCGAGGACAAUGAGCCAGAUUGCCUCUUCAACUGGUGCGGGCGCCAGGGCUUUGCUUCCGGCUUGGUCGGGAUCGGGUAGUAAGGAGAAGGAUCGCGAGGGUGAUGAUGGGUUGCUGAGGCCGAUAACGCGGGAUACUUCUCGGACGCGCUGGGGGUCGGAUUCGACCAGUGGUCUGGGGACUGGAAGUAGGAGGGGCAGUUUUCUGGAAGGGAUUGAACAGAGUGAUAGGAUUGGUCCGCCCAGAAAGCAGGAGAUUCGCUCGCCGGAGGACUUGGAGCAGGUGAAAAGUAGGAGAAAGCAAGCAGAGGAAUAUCUACGGUCUGCAUUGGUAGCAAUCGGGACACUCGCAACGGACAUCACCCGCCGGCUUGACUACACAUACUACAAUCUGUUGGAGAAGAUCACCGCAUUGAACACGACCAUUAGCUCCUUUCAAGGCCUGGCCGACUCGACAUCAACAAUAUUCAAUGAAUUCGAACGAGAAAUCGCGGGCAUGUACCAGGAGAUUAACAGACAGGUCGGAGAACUCGGUGAAUUCCAGGCCCAACUCGAGAAAAUCGAAGCUCUCGAAGAGCGCAUGAAACGAAGCAGAGAAAAGGCCGAGGCGCUUGAGGGCAGACUUGAGAAGAUGAAAGACGAGGUUUCCCGUUGGGAGAAGAAAGAGGUGGAGUGGCAGUCUCGUGUCAAUCGGCGACUGCGCAUCUUCUGGAGCGUUGUUGUGACUGCUACACUGGCUCUUGUGAUUGCUGUGGUUGUCCAGAAUUGGCCGCUCGUCGAUUCUUCUUCUCAGGCGCGUUUGCAAUCUACAUCAUUGGACAACCGAACCUCGGAAAUUCCUCUACAUCGAGAUUCCACAGCCGCGAUUCCGGGCAUGAACGGCCAGAAGAGCAAGCCUAAUCUUGAUCAUCGCCAAACUGCGAGCGCGGCAGGCGCAUCGCCCACUGAAGCCGAUCCUCUUAGGGUGUUUGACGAACUUUGA